ACACAAAUUUGCCAUGCAAGGUGCACUGAGGUCCGACAGGGGUGAUGCGGGGAUCCGAGCAUCUCGUAACACGGGAAGUGCGGGAUAUAAACACGUCCAACCACGAACCUCCAACAGGCAAGAGGGAUUAAUGGUCUCAUCAGGUACUUUCUUGUUAGAGGUAUGUACUUCAACAGAGCCAUGAAUUUAGCUGUGGUUUUGCUACUUGUUAGAUGUGUUAGAGUUUGGAUCUUACAAGAGUGCCGAGUGGCUGGUCAGACGUGUAGAACAGUUGAGGAGCCCUUGACCAGCGAACUCACAGUCUUUUGCAUGCUUGGUAAUUUGCAGAAUCCCCCGCAACCCCGCCGAAGAGCUUCAUUGCCGCUAGCUAUGAAGAGUUACGUCCACUCUUCCCAGCAGCAUGAGAGUCGGACAUCAUGCAACUAGGUAAACCUGCAUGCCACUAUCGCCCUUUUUUCCUGAUCAGCACAAUACUCCAGCACCACGAUUCUUGGCUGAUUCUCAAGUCUCAUUGCACUCUCGCUAUCUCACGCUCUUGCGCCACCUGCCACUGCUCCUUCCCCAUCUGUCCAGCAUGGCGUCAACAACACCAUCGACAACACCGAAUUCACAAACACCGGUAGACCGCAUAACCGCCAAUGCCGCCCGAGACAACAUCGACCUAACCACCCUCCCCUUUCACCACGAAGCUCUGGCUUCCAUCACCCAACUGCGCAACGAUGCUGUCGACACGCCUAUACCAGACUUCACCAGCGCAUCCAGAAUAGACACGCAUACACAUCCAAUCCCAGACUGGUUCCGCGUCCUUGAACUCUCCGCCGCAGGCCGCGAAACACCAUCAUGGAACGUAUCUGCGCACCUGGAUUUCAUGGCCGAGCACAGCAUAAAAAGGAGCAUUCUCAGCGUUUCCACCCCGCAGGCAAAUGCGUUCGCAUCGCCAAGCAAGUUCGAGACUGGCGCUGCAUUGAGGAAGAAGCAGACAGUCGCGCUUGCAAGGCUUUUGAACGAGUAUGUUGCCGAGGUUUGCAGGGUGUGGCCGGAGCAGUUUAGCUGGCUGGCAGUCACCGCUCUGCCGUAUGUGGAGGAGAGUGUUGUGGAAGUACAGUAUGCCUUCGAGGAGUUGGGCGCGGUUGGGGUCAGUGUUCUGACGAACGCUGAGGGUGUAUAUCCUGGUGAUACUGCUUUUUCGGCACUAUGGUCGUAUCUCGAGGAAAGAGCUCAAAGAGGUGACGGGAGGGAGGUCGUGUUCAUUCAUCCCACUGACCCAGUUAUUGCGCUCGAAGAUGGGCGUUUGAUGUCAAGCCGACCGUCGCCUCUUCGUUCUGGCCUUGGAGAAUUCUACUUCGAAACUGCCCGCGCUAUAUCCUCUAUCACUGCCUCCUCGCCUCCAUACAAUAGUACUCUGCUCAAAUACCCGCAUCUGCACUGGCGCAUCUCGCACGGCGCUGGCGCGUUCCCAGACAUCAGUGAACGUUUCCUACUUGGCUUUCCAAAAGAAUCUGAAGCGGCAAGAGAGGCAUAUAAGAAACGACUGUGGUAUGACAGCGCAGGGCCAGUGUGGCCAAGGCAGAUUAAGGGAUUGACGGAGGGCCUUGGGAUAGGCGUAGAGCAGAUGGUGUUUGGAACGGACUAUCCGUAUGGCAUCGGGUUUUGGAAUGUCAGUGAAAAUAUUAACGGGUUAGUAAAGGCAGACUUUCUCUCGGAUGAGGCGAAGGAAGGUGUGUACUGGGGGAACGCAGAGAGUUUGUGGAAGGGGAAAAUAUCAUUCUAGGACGUUGGGAAGAAGAAAGAAUUGCUUCGAACGUAACAUUCAGUACGUCUUCAAGCUAGUGGAUUAACUUUUUGUAGAAAAUACCCAUACAACUUCGAAU